CUUUGGCUCGGCGCGCAGCAUAUAUCUCUCUGCCCGCCAGCACCGUGCUAAGCUUUUCCCUUGGCCAUCUAUCUAUCUACUCCUUGGCCACGACGCAACACCCUACCGCAGAUCGUCAUCACAGGUUAAGGGAGAAGAGAAGAGCAGAGCAGACGACCAAUGGCGAUGGAACCGCUGCCGCUGGGGUUUGGAGACUUCUCAAUCACCAUGGACGCGUCUCUCGCCUCCCUUUGGCCGCCGCCUCCGCCGCAGGAUCUCCAUUCUCACCAGAGCGUGGAGGAGGUCAAGCAGAGGCUAGCCGCAGCGACGGCGGAGCUGCAGGCGGCUAGGGAGGAGGAGCGCCACAAGGAGCAGGACAUGAAAGCGCUGGCGGAGCUCAUCCGCCACACCGCCCAGGAGCGCGACCUGCUCCGAGAGCAGCACCAGCUACUCCUCGCCCGCGAGCUGGAAGCGGUGAUGUCAAGCAGCAGCGACUCAGGCCGGAGCCCUCUGGCGUCCUCAUCCCCGGCGGCCUUGUUCGUGCCAUCCAUGGUGCCUCAAGCUGCAGCCAUCAACGAGCAUCCAAGCGCUGCAGCACCGGCGCAGCUGGCGACCAAGAUGCCGGUUGCCCUCGGUAAUUCCCACUCAGCCCAGCCAUCCUCUGUGGGUCACGCUGCGGCCAUGGUGAAUAGGAGAGGUGCAGUGGCGGCGCAGCUUGACCUGCUGGCGGCCAAGAGGCCACUGCCGCCGAGGGGUCGCCUUGUGCAAGCGGUGAUGGAGGCUGGGCCUCUGCUGCAGAACCUGAUGGUGGCAGGGCCGCUGCCGAGGUGGCGCAACCCACCACAGGCACAAGCGCUGACCAACGCCAUGAUAUCGGCACCCUCAGGCUCUGGAGCUUCCAUGGGUUUGCCAUGGUCGACCCAUUAGUUUCUCACAUCCGUCUUCAACUUUUUGUUGUUGCGCAUGCUAUUGUAAGGUUACAUUCUCUACCGAUGAUGCUAUUAUUUUAAACUGGUGUGCUUUCAGACUA